GUUACUAAUUAGGCGGUAGUAUAGGCGAGUGUUGACGCAUGGGGUGCGGGUGACCAGGAAGUGGGAGCAAAGGUUGAGUCUGACGUCCGACUAACCGAGCGCAGGCGGCGGUGUGAAGGCUGGGAGAAACACCUGGUCAUGUGGAAUCCCAAUGCCGGACAGCCAGGGCCAAAUCCAUACCCCCCCAACAUCGGGUACCCUGGGGGUUGCAAUCCUGCCCAACCACCGCCUGUCAAUCCUGCCUUUCCUCAGGGCCCCUUUCCCACUCCCCCGGUAGCUCCCCAGGGGAAUCCAGCUUUCCCCCCAGGUGGGCACCCUCAUCCUGUGCCUCAACCAGGGUAUCCAGGAUGCCAACCCCCAGGCCUCUAUCCACCUCCUGGUCCCUACCCCCCUCCGUAUCCACCAACUGCCCCUGGCAUGCCUCCUGUGAAUCCCUUGGCACCUGGCAUCGUAGGACCAGGAAUGGUGAUGGACAAGAAGAUGCGGAAGAAGAUGAAGAAAGCUCAUAAAAAGAUGCACAAACACCACAAGCACGGCAAGCGUUCCACCUCCUCCUCCUCCUCCUCUUCCAGCAGCGACUGACUGAAUACAGGGUCUGGACCCUUCCCUCAAGUCUCACCAGUUCUGCUCUCCCAUCAAGCCUCAGAUGCCAUAUUGUACUAGGGAAAUUAACCCAUGUGCCUCCUGCCUGAACCUCACCCUGCUGCUCAGUCCUACUAGCUAGGGAAAGUGGGAGGAUUAUCAUGGGCUAGCAAAGGCUGCCUUCUCAAUUCUUGGAUAGAACUUUUAGCUGAUGAUUUAGCAGGGGAACUGUUUUUUGAAGAUGGUGAGCGCUUUAAUCUAAACGCUGAAGAAAAGUUCUGUACAAUGUGAUUUUUUACUUUCUUUUGUAAUAGUAGUGGUUGGGGGAUGUUGUGGAAAUUUAAUUAUGGGAAAAGAACCUGUACCUUUUUUGGAACUGUGGCACACUUGGGUGGUUUGGUGGCAAAUACAUUUCCCAGCAGGCCUUUUAUUGUUUGCAUUAACUGCCAGGCUGGGAAAUGGAGUCCAUUUGGUUGGUGAGCUCUGAAUUGCCAUUUUGGAAACUCAGCUCUACUCCUUAGCUCAGUGUGCUAUUUCAGGUCCUACUCUCAUUCUCCAGUUCUCUGUCCAAAUAAAGCUAUUUCUUCUGGUCUCUGUU